AUGGAAGAAACAGAACGACCUCCAGGGAUACUUGCCAACGCACUCUGGGAAAUACGUACGAAGCAGAAUGGCAUGGAAACACCUCCAUACGCUCGCCGUAGAGCACGAUCAGUAGAGUCAAAACGAGGUAUUCUGGCUGUAGCACUCAAGGAAAUGAGAGUAGCACUCAAGGAAUUGGAAGCUGACAGAACUGAAGAGAGCACCCGUUCUGGUAUUCUUGGCACAGCAUUGGAACAAAUGAAGUCGAUUCCAUACGAAAAAGCUCGUGUAGACGAAUUCAUUCGUCCGAAAUCGGCAAACAACUACAAGGGAAUGAUCGGCCUGCUCCUUGAGAACAAGGAUGAAGCUGAACUGGAAAAAUUGGGCAUGAAGGAUUUGAUGGAUACCAAGCCUCGACAAAGUUCGGUGAAUACAUCGCAGAAGGCUUCUUCAGAUGAGGGAGUACCAUCGCCCCAAGGGCCAGAUGAUGUUUCGACACCUCCAAAGAAAGUCUUCAUCCCGAAGAUGAAAUCCAGGGAAAGCUCUUCGAGCAACGAAGAUUCCAAGGACCAUGCUUCCGGAGAAACAAAGACGGCUCUUGUGCACGGUUCGUUGAGGGAUGAAGGACGCUCGUUACCAACAAAGACCGCUCCUGAUGACAGAAGAUUCUCCAUUGCCGAGAGUGUAAGAAGCGAAAAAGCGAAUAUGGAACGUCGAGACACACAGAUCGACCUCUCUCUGGCUGAUUUUCAGACAAAGGUCCUCUAUAUGGCGAAGCACGAGCAGUGGUCAACGAUGGAAAGUGAGCUAGACACUGCGCAGCGGAGCGAUUUUUCGAUGUCUGAUCAGCAUGGCUUCACCGCUCUUAUGUUUGCAGUUAAAGAGGGGAAGAGACAUUUGUUCGAAAAGUUGCUCGCCAAAGGAGCUGACAUCAAUGUUGUAACCAAGGAUCUCAGAAACGUCGCCCACAUCUGUGCUAUGUAUGCGGAUAAGGAGAUGUUGGACUUAAUUAUCGCUAGGAAUCGUGAACUGUUACGGCGACCGGGUGGUCCUCGCAAUCAGCUGCCGAUUCAUCUUGCAUGUGAGAGGCCUUCAAAGAAAGCAUACUUUAUCGUUCGACGGAUUCUAGAAGUGUUCGAGCAUCAGGCGCUCGAGAAAGACGGCGACGGAUCGUUGCCAGUUCAUCUAGCGCUCAAGGCCGGAAAUGUCUCCCAGGCCGAGCUGCUGCUCUCUCAUCAUACACACCAACAGAGCACUUCAACAGAUGGCGCUGGGGAUAGCUUACUUCACUUGGCGUGCCGUAGCGGAAACAUGGAAGCGAUCAGGAUAGCUAUAGCGGCCGGAUGUGACGACGCAAAUAUGCAGAAUGUGGUCGGACGAACGGCAUUGCAUGAAGUCGCUGCUUUGGGAGAUCCGAAUCUGCUGAAAAUUAUGUUCAAAUUGCACGCAGAUGCCAACGUACUCGACAAGGGAUAUUUUCGAUAUACAUUUGAGGACGAUAAAACGCCUGUGCAUGUAGCUGCUGAGCGAGGAUACACGUCCAUCGUUGAGCAGUUGAUCGACAAAUUUGGUGGUUCCAUCAGAGCUCGAACCAGAGAUGGCUCCACACUUCUUCACAUUGCUGCGUGCUCGGGUCACACGAGCACAGCUCUCGCUUUCCUGAAAAGA